GCGCACCUCAUCGACUCACCGCACCCGCCUGCCGGGUGCCGGCUGCUUGCGUCAGUCGCUAGCGGGGAAUCUCGUAACAACACGUGCCUACUGUUAAGUGAAUAUCGUGACAAUCGUAUGUUUACUUUACUCACAGGGAAAAUUAUAGUGAUAAGUGACAUAAAAUCAUUUUUUACUUGACAUUUUUACUCUCAAAUAUGCCUAAAGAAUACUUCAUUCAAGAAAACUCAGAUCAGAGGGCAUAAGCACCAUAUGCAAUGGUAACGUAACACAAGAUAGUAUGCGGUGGUUGAAGUGGCGUGCGGCGCUGGUGUCGUUUCUGACACUGGUGGCUAGUGCGCCUGCGCAGCGCGCGGAACCCACCAUAUGCGCUGAGGAGUUCUGUCGCUGCGACUCCUUUACGGCAGUCAUUUGCAAUUGCACUUCCGACUACGAGGUGACACUGAGACCUGAUGGUGCCUACAGAGUACCAUCGACGGCUUCGGGCAUAAUAAUCAACGGAUGCUCCCGCGUCAAUUUUUUACCUGACCUAGCCAGAAACCUGAUACAGUUACGCACUAUAGAGUUGACUAACAUAAUGGACGUAGUCAUUAACGAAAGAGCUCUAUCAUGGUCGCCAUUCUCUAGGGAGAGUGAAAUGCACCCAGGACUACGAAUACUCAUACAGAAUAGCACUGUUAACCAAUUAUCGUCUUAUGCCAUUCAAGGGCGUGUUAAUGACAUAAUUAUCACCGACAGCAGAAUUCACAAUGUGAGACCAUAUGCAUUUUCUAGUCUCACAGGUGUCAGAAAUAUAGAAUUAAAAAAUAAUGUAUUAUAUAACAUAGAACGAUAUACUUUUAGUAAAUUUACAACUAUUAACUUCUUAUUAAAAGGAGGUUAUGUAGACAGACUGCCCAGUAGAUUCCUAUCGGAUGUAGAGAUAACGAACUUAUUUCGAGUGGAAGGGAUAUCAGUGAAACAUAUUUCUAGUGUAACAUUUCUUGUCAGAUCACCAAAGAGAGUCUUAGUAGAGAGUAAUUUUAUAGAAAACCUAGAUCCUGAUGGUUUUCACGUGGUCACAAAGGGACCGAUCACUUUUAGAAAUAAUACGGUAACUAAUUUUAGUAAAGGUGCGCUUCUGGGAGUCACCGUGGAUCAAGAAGUGAUGUCAGUCAAAGGACGGCAGGAGCUACUGGUAGAUAACAAUACAAUAACCAACAUAGCACCGUCCUCUUUGAUAUACAAUCAAACGACGCUAUCAUUACGUGUGGAUGGUCUGAAUUUGAAUAUCACUUGCAACUGUGAACUGGCCGAGAACUGGAGACAAUUGCUAAAGGAAGAAGCAGGUAUCGUGACUUGUUGGUACGAUCUAGAAGGUCACUACAUGUCCGUCGCAACUUUUGCAGACAGUCGUUGCGGGGCAUUUAAGCAAACUUUUUGGAUAUUCGUUGUGGUCGGUCUAGUGGUGGUUUUGAUUGCAGCAUCACUCAUUACGUAUUUCGUAGUGAGACGUGAAAAUGAGAAAAAGAAAAAGGUACAGAUCGUGAUGCCAGAUGGUAAAACGUACAGAGAAACUGAAUUCCACAUUGUAGUGGAAAGAGCAGAGCUGCUUACUACCAACUUAUAGAAAACUUUAUUUUUCCGGCUCAUCUCAGUUAUUCUGUGAACUUUGUUUUUUAGCGAUCUUGAUUGUGUACUCUCAUAAUGACACUCGCCAAAUUGAAUUGUGCCAACAUUGUAAUUGUUACUUUUAUCAGUAUUAUUUAGUAUGGUAAACGUACCAUAAAAAAGCGAAAAUCGUUUUAGUUUUCUAUUAAUUUAUAUUUUGUCAAUAAAAUAUGUCAAGUAUAACCUUCUGUGUUUACUUUUGCUGGCGGCGUAGUUUGCAUAUUAUUAUCAGA